GCAGUUGGUGCUCGAUUUCCAGUCAGUCAGGUUGGUGUGUUUUGGUUCUGGUGGAAAGUGUGAUUCUGUACGCGAUUUGGUUAAAGUUCUUGAAGAGAUCAGCUAGGAUCGAUCGAUGAUCAAAGAGUGAGAUCUUACUCUAGUAUAUUCGACCGAAUAAAAAAAAAACUUUGUUGCCCGAGGCAGACCAUAGUGCGCGAAGCAUAGCUCGCAGAUUAUAAGGAAAGCGCCGGUCGUUGUUGGAUCAAUUUCAUCGGUCCUAAUUGCGCGAAGAAAGCGGCGAUUGAUUCAAAAUAAAUAAUACAAUUUGAUUCGGGAUGAAACACAUUUGCGAUCUGCGGUUUCUGUGCAAAGUGCGAUCGAACUGCCCCAGUGAAUCGUUCGGAGGAAGCUCGGAAAAGCAAUGUUUUGCUUAUUAAUGUAAUUUCGAAGAAAUAAGCAGCGCCAACGUUCUAUUGGCUGACGACGGAGAUGAAGUUCUGAUGUACAUUGAAAUCGAAAAUCCCGAUCCAAUCGAAUAGACCUCCACUUCAGUGAUUCCAGUUGGUAACAUUUUAAAACAUUUUAAUCGAUCUUGUCGGAAACGAGGAGGAAACGAAAAAAAAAAACGAACGCCCGGUGGAACUUAUCAUGAUCGGAGUGAUAAUUUGCUAUUUAUUGGGAAACAUAAAUAGAGCAAAUUUAUAGUUUAAAUCUUAAUCGACUGGUGGGAUUUUCCUCAAGUGAAAACGACUGCCCGAAAGGGAAUCGCAGAAUAGCAAAACAAUUAUAGCAAAGCUAAUGAAAGCAUUAUGAUCGGCGAUAUGAUGGAUUAGCGAUUCACGUGCUAACUAAUAGUGAAUGAUUUAAUUGCCAUCUGUGCUUGAUGUGAAGAAAAAAAAAACUGUUUGAAAGGGGAAAUAGUCAGCCUAGAGCGGGGAUUGUUAUUGUGGAAAGUGAUUUUUUGAAGUAUAUGUGUUAAAUUAGGUAAAGCACCUAACGAUUGAUGAUCAUCGUUUGAAUACAUUUCCGGAUCAGAAAAACGAAAAGAUGAAUCUGACGAUGAAGGUGCUGUUAUUGUUCUCAUUCCUGCUGAUCCACUCGUCCGGCCACCGGAUACAACUGUCCGAUUCGAUUCUGGACAUCAUCAACACCCGACACGUGGAGCGGAUCAUGGCGGAGCGGCGAAUGAAUUCCACGUCGCGGGACGACAAACGCUACACGAUGGUGCAGCAGAACGAGCUGAUAGACGACGAUGCAACCGAGGACAGCACCGGCGAUCUCACGUAUCAGACGCCCGAGGUGGCGAUCGAUUUCGACUUCAACGGGCGGCGGCAGUCCAGUGGAGGUGGUGGCGGUGGCGGCUCGACGGUAACAUCAUUUACCAACGAAAGCGGCUUUCAGUACCAUCCAACGGGAUCCGCCCCCAACGCAGAUAUUUUGACCGACCUGCAGGCGUACCGGGGAGACAAGUUGCUCAAAUCGAGCAAGAAUGCCCUGGUGGUGACGCGGAAGGAGUACCUGAAGAAGGACUGGUGCAAGACGGAACCCUUGGUGCAGCGAAUCCGGGAGGAGGGAUGCCUCAGCCGGACGAUCAUCAAUCGAUUUUGCUACGGGCAGUGCAAUUCGUUCUACAUUCCAAAGUCGCCGAGACGUAGGCGUCACGGUGGCGUCGGCGGCAGCGGCGGGCGCAACGGGCACGGCGGUGGCCACGGCCAUCACGGGGGCCGCGCGCGGGAGGUCGAUCUGGACUUUGAAGACGAAGACCUGACCGGGCCGGCGUUUCGCUCGUGCGCCUUCUGCAAGCCCAAAAAGUUCACCUGGAUCACGGUGACGCUGCGGUGUCCCUCGCUGGUGCCCCAACUGCGGCGGAAGCGCAUCCAACGCAUCAAACAGUGCAAAUGCAUUGCCGAGCCGUUGAAUUAGAGAGCUGUUAUUCGUAUUCUUAUUAUUGGUAUUAUUGGUUCUGUUGUCGACGCUGCCGUUGGUUGGUUGCUGCCGCUGCUGCUUGAUGAUGAUGAUGAUGCGACGUGAAAGUGUGGGUACCUAAUAUGUAAAUGUGUAUUUUUGUGUGGGUGCGGAUGAUUGAGCGCUCUUUCCGCCUUGCACUUGGCGACCUGGCGAGGAAGCGCGCGCGAAACCAGGAAUGAGAGUAGGCUUUAUUUUGUUUUAGGUUUUUAUUUUUUAAUUAUAUUUAAUAGGUCUGUUUUGUUUUAAGUCGUUUUGUUUUUAAGUACAUAUAGAAAUGAUGUGUGUGUUUGCAGUUACGAUUUCCGACAGUGUCACGUUUUGGCGGUUCAUGACGGCACGGUGUGGUUAUUUAUUCAACUUUAAAAACGGAUCUUAGGACAUAGUAUUAUUUUUUUACAGGGAGUCAGAAAAUUAGGAUCAAAAGGGUUGUGGUUUGAUUCAACACUUUCAAAGUUAAAUCCAAAUUUGCGCUGAGUUGUGUGUUUAUACAAAUGUUUGGUGCCACUUUAA